AUGCUAACCCCUUCUGUGUCUCCUGCAGGGACGACGGCGGAUCUGACGGCCUGUUGCUCGGCCAGUGACGGAGUCGGGGGGAGCAGCGCGGCCCUGUGCCCCCCUGGGUGCGCCCCCCGGCUCCCGUGCCCGCCCCCCCACUGCUCCCCGGCGGUGGCGCGCUGUGUCCUGGCGGUGCUGGACGACUUCCACUGCCGCUCCGCCCAACCCGCCCCGCGCGCCGCCCGCAGCCUCUCCAGCGACGGGCGUGAGGCCCCGGGCGCGGCCUCGCACGGCGGGGCGGCGGCGCUGUCGCCCUUCCACCAUCCCCACGACAUCUUCCAGGACCUUCGGCGGCAGCAGCAGCAGCACUUCCUCCAGUCAUACCAGCAGCACCUGCACCCGAUGGACGACACGACCUCCGAGUCGUCCUACGACAGCGCCUCCGACUACCACCUGUACGAGGAGAUCCUCUACGAGGCCACCAUGGCCUCGAAGCCUCCUCAGUCUGUCCCUCCGCCUCUGCCGCGACCGCAGCAGCAGCAGCCCCAGCAAGAAGUACAAACCCAGCAGAAGCAGGCGGCCAGUCACCCGGCGUCCCCGAAGCACGUAGACGGCCCGGCGCAGCAGCCGUCGGCGCAGAGUCCCGGCGCCGCCAAGCCCGCGCCGCCUCCCAAGCCCCCGAAGCCAGCGAGGCCGGCGGGCCCGGCCGCCGCAGGGAAGCCGGUGCCGCCGCCGAAGCCCUCGUCGGCGGCGCUCCCCUCGCCCGCCAUCGCCGUCACGCCGCCGGCCCCCUCCGGCGCCUCGCAGCCGCAGUCCAAGGCCGGCAGCAGCAAGUCGCCCCCUCAGGCCGCGAAGGACAAGCCGGGGCAGAAGGAGCAGGAGCAACAGAAGGGCGGCGAGGGUGCGGCCGCCCUCAAGCCUCCCACCAACAAGCCCAAGCAGAGGAGCAACCUGUACUCCAUCUUCCGGGACCGCGACCACCGCCGCUGCCUGUCGGCCUCCCUCCAGCAGGAGUACCACCAGCAGGACUACCACGCGGACGCGCAGCCCCCGCACCCUGCCUCCGCCCCCGCCACGUGCGCCUCCCUGGCCGCGGCGGACGACGACUACGGCUUCAAGGUGGUGCCCCACGUGGUCUAA